AUGCGAGAACAUUUGGCGCGAAAACAGACGGCAGCGCCAUCACUUGAGGAAACAGACCUCAUCAUGUGCAGCAGCGUCGUGAACUUGGGAAGCUCAAUAGCAUUGAAUCGAAAUGCUGCAUAUGCUGAUCUUGUCAGCGUUAUGGAGGCGAAUCCAGCUGACCAUGCAAUUGUCUCUGAUGUCGAUCAUCAACUUCUAUUAAAGAUCAAUUUUAAAGAUCCAGUCACUUGUACUUCAGUCUGUUUUCGUGCUGAGACUCCCCCCGCACAACAAAUACACGCGCAGCAAUCUGGUGAAAGGUCGACCACAGAAAUCAAUCCAGCCGACUGCUCUGGCCCCAAAACUAUAAAAUGCUUCGCGAAUCUUGAAGAUUUAGAUUUCGUUGAUACAGAAACAGCGAAUCCAGCUCAACUUAUUGAGUUGUCUCCACAGCAAUUGUAA